UUCAAGUAUCAAUACAUAUGUGCAAGCUGUAUGCACUGCUUAUACUAAUAGGGGACAGGCGCAAAUGCAGACCGGCUUGCAGUCACCAAAUUUCAUCUCACGCCACAUCUCGCCCAUACAGUCGCAAAUACAUUGAAAGCAAACGCCUUUUUAAAGAUCGCAUGUAAAUCGAUUCACGACCUAGGAGUGCUUUUGGCGGGCUGCUGUGCGUGCCCUGACUUUCUCUAGCAGCAACGAGGAUGCGUCCCCGUCCUUGGACGUUGCACUUGCUACUAUAACAUAUACGGCGGGUGGAUAGCUUGUGAGGCGUUUAGGAGUUUCAGCUUCAUUUUGCGGAGCCACCCGGGCUGUUCUCGCUAGGAUGGGCGUCGUGAACCUUUUCACGGAACUCGCUGACUACAGUGGCGUCAUACAGAACUGGACGGGCGCAAAUGAGCAGCUCGUGGCGGAGAUGUGCGGCCAAACCCUCGCCAUCGACACGUCGGUUUGGAUUUUUCAGUGUUCACAGCAGCAGGACCUAAAGGACGCCAUCUACGACGAGCACGCGCGGGUGUUGUACACGAUGAUUCACAGGAUCAUCAGUCUGCUGCGCCACGGCGUGACGCCCGUGUUCGUGCUGGAGGGCGACACGCCCGAGGCCAAGAUGGGAAGGCUCCAGCAGCGGAGCCUGGCCAAGGGCCUGGGCGGCAUGGCGGGCGGCAACCGGCGCGGCGGCCGCCACGACGCACUGGGGCGCCGCGUGGUGCAGCUGCUGGACCUGAUGGGCCUGCCGCACGUGGACGCGCCCGGCGAGGCUGAGGCCAUGUGUGCCGCGCUGGUGGCUGCGGGGCUGGCCGACGCGGUGGUGAGCAGUGACGUGGACGCGCUGCUGUUCGGGGCGCCGCGCCAGUACCGCGAGUGCAGGAUGCAGUUUGACACUCCCCGCCACACUGUGGUGGAGCGGGUGGACCCGGUGGCGGCCGCCCGGUCCGCGUUCGGACUCACACAGCCGGGCGGAGGCUGCGCACUGGCGCUGCAGACUGUGGCGGUGCUGUGCGGCUGCGACUACUCGGUGGCUGGCGGGCGCGGCGUGGGCGUCAAGGGAGCCAUGGGCGCAGUGCAGCAACUCACCAGGGGGCGGCAGUCCGACGCGCACGUGCCCGGCGAGCUGCUGCGGCUGCUGCGCACCGGCCCCGACCCCGCCGUCAUGGAGCUCAAGGCCUGCAGCGGCUGCAAGACUUGCGGCCACGAGAAGCACGGCCGCAAGCCCUGCGAGCAGUGCGGUCCAGGCCCCUGCCGGCCCAAGGCGCCGGGCGCCGGCUGCAGCUGCAGGUUCCACAGCUCGGAGCCGGAGCGUGUGCUCAUGCGCGUCAUCAGCAGGGCUGUGUCCACCAGCCCCUCAUUCGCCGCGGACUGCGAGGCGGCGCUGGCGGCCUUCGCGGCGGAGGCGCAGCGGGCGCGGCGGGAGGCGGUGGCGUUGCGCGGCCGCGGCGGCCUGGGGUGGCGCGGCCGGCCCGAUGUGGACGGCGUGUUUGCGCUGAUGCACCCGCUGCUGGGCGGCACCAGCUCCGACCCCAACAAGCUGCUGUGGACGCAUGCGGAGGUCCGCGACAAGCUGCGGCCGGUGCUGAUGGAGUGGGACAUGCGGCAGGGGCCCAACCCGCCAUCGGACGUGGCGGCUCAGGUCCAGUUCCGGCCGGUGCGCAUCAAGCAGGAGGCGGCCAAGGACGGCGGCACCUGGGCCUACCUGGUGGAGUUUGAGCGGCUGGGUGAUGACCCCGACGCCGAGUUUGACCGCGAGCAGAUGCGUUCGACCAAGCUGGUCAAGGGGCGGCACGUGCGCAAGACGCUGGUGGAGAGGCUGUGGCCGCAGCUGCUCAGCCGCCGGGAGGAGGAGGCGCAGGCCAAGCUGUCACAGCAGGCCAGCAAGGGCGCGCGCAAGGCAGCAGGCGCGCCGCGAGGCAAACGGGGGGCAGCCGCCGCCGCCGUCGGCUCCGGCUCCGCAACCACGGGCGGCGUCACCGUCAGUGCGGGAGUGCGGCUCAGCGGCUCCCCACUGGCCUCCACUCCCAAUGGGACUGGCGGCUCUGGGGGUGCGAGCGGCUCUGCCAAGUCGGCGUCGCGGACCGCCUCGCGCUCUGGGCUCUCCAGCGGCGCCGCCGGCAGCCGCGAAGUCAUGCAGCGAUUCCUGGCGGUGGCAGGCCGAGGUGGCGGCGCUGCUGCCGGCGGCGGCGGCGCCGCCGGCGGCGGGCAGCAGGCGGGCGAAGGGCCGUCGCAGCGGGAGCGGGCGGCGGGCGGCGGCGGUGGGUACGGCGGUGGGUACGGCGGUGCGUACGGCGGUGCGCGGGACCGGGGCCCGGUGGCGAUGAGCGCGGCAGCUGGCGCGGCGGCCGACGUCAUCGGCAGCGACAGCGACAGCGACAGCGACGGAGAGGGGCUGAUCCUCACACAACACGCGCCGCCGGCGCUGCAGCGGCGGCAGCAGCCGGCGGCCGGUGCUGCCGGCUCGCGCGCCGCUGCCUGCGCCGGCGGCGGCAACGGCGUUGGGCCGUCCCACGCGGGUACGGGCGGACAGGUUGGUCAGAUGCUGCCGCCGCGCGCCGCGCCGCGGGCACCGGCGGCGGCCGCCGCACGCGCCGCCGCCGCACGCGCACCUAUCGCCGCACCCGUGGCGGCGCCGCGUGUCGCUCGGCCGCUUGCCAAGACGCAGUACUCUUGCAGUGACGGCGAGGACGGCGACGGCGAUGACGAUGACGCCUGCAACAUCCCCGACUCCAUGGAGGCGCUGCUGGCGCAGGUGGGAGCAGGCGCCGGCCGCACCGCCCGCGCGGACCCGCCAGCGGCGGCGGCGGCAGCAGCGGCGGCGGGAGGUGGCGCCGGCGCCAGGCCCGGCGCGGCGGCGGCGGCUGGCUCCGCCCACGAGUGGCCCUUUCGCCCGCAGCCCACCGGCCCGGGCCCAGGUAGAGGCGAGGCCGGAGCAGGUGCCGGGUCGGGCUCGGCGGGUGCAGCGGGUGGCGGCGCCCGUGGCAACGGCGGCGGCGGCGGCGGCGGCGGCGGUGGAGCCGGAGCCGGGGGCCGCGCUGGUGCCGCAAGCACAGGUGCAGGCGCGCGCACGGGCGCGGAUGCGGGUGCGGCCGGCGGCGGCGGCGGCGGCGGCGGCGCUGCCGCCGGCCCCGGCUCGCCUCCCCGGUCCCAGGCUCCGCCACACCAGCGGGCGAGGCCUGAUCAGGGUGUGGUGGAGGUGAUGGACCUGACGGACAGCCCCGCACCGGCACCAGGGCUGGGGCCGGGGCCGCAUCGACAAGAGCACCACCACCAGCAGCACCAACAGCAGCAGCACCAGCAGCAGUCGCCAAUGGGCCGCACAGGCAGCACGUCGACGGGCGGCGCGGCAGCGGUGCGGGAGGCCGCAGGUCGGCAGGGCUCUGGGGAGCAGGAGGAGGCGGGGGCGGGGGCGGCGCCAUGGGGUGUGGGCUCAAGCACCAAGCCCCUCGGCCGACCCCCCGUGCCGCACAGCAGGCAGGCCGCGGCGGCCGGCGGCCAUGCUGCGGGCGUGAGUGACGGCGCGCGGCGGUCCUUGUUCCAUGAGCGGGGUACAGUCGAGGCCCAGGGCAGCCCUGAGGAGGAGGCAGCAGCAGCAGCAGCGGCAGUAGCAGCGGCAGGACCCAGUCAUGGUGCUGGCAGGGCCAGGCCGGGCGCGACGCAAAGCGGGUCAAGCCGCGGCGCUCGCGCGCGCAGCGGCGUCGAAGGUGGGGCCGGAGGUGCUGGACCUGCCGCCGAUGCUCCGGCGGGCGCCGGCGACUCGGGUGGUGGUGGUGAGUGCAGUGGCGGCGGCGGCGGCGGCGCUACGGCCACUGGGGAGUCGCCUUCCAAGCGGCAGCGCUCCAUUGGUAGCACCAUCGACAACCCCAGCAAUACAACCACGAGGACUGGAGGCAGCAACGGCGGCGCCGGGGCUGGCAGUGGCGGCAGCGCAGGUGGCGGCGGCGGCGCGGCCGGCCGAGCAGGGGCGGGGGCAGCGGCAGCGGCUCCAAUCCCAGUGCCAGGCCGGGUUGCGGCACGCCGGCCGGUGGCGCCGGCGGCAGCGGUGGCGGCGGCGGCGCAUGCGGCGGUGGACCUGACUUUCUCCUCAGAUGAAGAGGAUAAGGAUGGGGUAGCAGGAGAUGGAAGCGGCAAGGAGCAGGGGGCGGCGGGGGCGGGGGCAAGAAGGGUGGCGGCAGGCAGGAAGGCGCAGGGCGCGUGGGCUGCCGGAGCCUGCGCCGCGCCGCCGCCACAGCAGCAACUGCAGCGGGAGGAGGAGCAGGAGGAUGGUGACGCGGGGGACGACCGGUGGGGCAACAAAGAGAAAGACGAAGAGGAAGAUGACGAUGAAGUCAUUAUAGUGGAGUCGCAGUGAGGGCUGGUGAGGCAGGUGGGGAAGCAGGGGUGGGCGAGAGUGCCUGUGCCAGUUGGAGUGCUGGCAGGGAAACGCCCUUGGGCGUACCUCAUGGGGGCACGUGGCUAGAGCAGGGAGGAUCGGCCUGGAGGAUACGGAAGGGAGACAGCCAGGAAGUUGGUGACGGCGCUUCAGGGGCAGGCAGGCUACAGGACAGGACAGGACAGGACAGGCGACGUGCAGCAUUGCGGUUUGGGCUCGGUUUUGGGAGCAAUAGGAUCUACAGCCUCGUGCGCUGCGUUUGCGCAUGCAACAGUUGCCGUAUUCAUGACGGGCGUGUAGGCAGGACAGGGGCACUGCAUCCGCAGAUGAGGACUGCGUAGACUUGCGAAAGCAGGCAAUGGAUGGAGCAACGGGCGCAGGGGGGAUUGGGUAUUAUGUGUCAGCAAGCACUUCCGUUGCGGUUCCAUGCCAGGUGACUGUCAUGGACACUGCUCGUUACUAGGCGAGCUGCUGAUAUUUCUCGAAUAAGUUGUAUGCGGAGAUGAGUUGUUUUGGUUGAUGGUAUUGGAGGAGAGCGAGGAAUGGUGCAGUGGGCGAGCGCGAGGGGGUGCCAGGCUGGCCCCACGAUGGUGCCC